AUCUCUACUCCCUAGCAUACUUGCUUUAUAAGAGCGCGGGCACAGAAGCACGAGGGCUUGGGCGCUCUUGUGUUGGACACGCCCUCGUAUUUUGUACGUCACUAAUACGAACCAACCCCCAACUCUCCGUCCUGCGGCGAAGCGGCAGCAUCACUGGGGCAGACAGAAGCUGAGAGGAUGGGUUUGUUGUCUAUACUACGUAAGUUGAAGAAUGCUCCAGAUCAGGAAGUAAGAAUUCUUCUCCUGGGGUUGGACAAUGCUGGGAAGACUACUCUUCUAAAACAGCUGGCUUCAGAGGACAUCAGUCACAUCACUCCAACACAGGGAUUUAACAUUAAGAGUGUCCAGUCACAGGGUUUCAAAUUAAAUCUCUGGGACAUUGGGGGCCAGAGAAAGAUCCGGCCUUACUGGAGAAAUUACUUUGAAAACACAGAUGUACUUAUUUACGUAAUUGACAGUGCAGACAGGAAGAGGUUUGAAGAAACGGGGCAGGAAUUAGCUGAAUUGCUAGAUGAGGAAAAGCUCAGUGGUGUUCCAGUCCUCAUUUUUGCUAACAAGCAAGACCUAUUAACAGCUGCUCCUGCCACUGAAAUCGCAGAGGGGCUGAACUUGCACACUAUUCGGGACCGCAUGUGGCAGAUUCAGUCUUGUUCUGCUCUCAGUGGGGAAGGUGUCCAGGAUGGAAUGAACUGGGUGUGCAAAAAUAUGAAUGCAAAAAAGAAAUAAGUUUUUACACAACAAAAACUUCUUUGGAUACAAGCUAUUGAAGAACAAAUACACAUGUGACAUAUGGACCAAAGGAAGCAGUACCUUUGCUUGUGUGAAUCUUUUCAAUGUGUUAACCACACAGCUAAAGUACCUAAAAUAGAAUUCUUUCAGAGGUAUCGGGAUCAGGAAUCUAUUAAAUCUACUCUUAUGGAUUUGUAGAAAAAAAAGUUCAAUUAUUCUUAACCGUCAAAGUAAAAAUGGAUCUCGGCCAUCUGCAAUACUUCAGUGCGUCUUAGGUCGUUAAAGAGCCUUCCUGGUUAACACUGGAGUCUUAAGAUUUGCAAAAGGGUCCUCUUCUUUAUAUUAGUAGUUAGGACAGACUCACUGUCACUUAUUGUUUAUUACUUUGGUCAGCCUUGAUGUUGUUUUUAAAGUGCUUUAUAAAUAAAUAAAUAAUAAUUACACUCUGCACCUGCAAUGUUGACAUGUGACGGAGUGGAUGAUUUUCUUCAUCACACGCUGGGGACCCUGGCAUACCCCCCGAGUUACUUUGUGUCUCAUUGGAGUUUGCACAUUCACUCCUUGUUUAUGUGGGUUUCCACUUCGGAUUCACAUGUUAGAUGUCACAGUUUGUGCUGGACAAAUAUUCUUAUGUUAAAUGCUGACUAAGUUGGUGAGAAAACACUAAAACAGUGGAGCAUAUGAGUCCUCUGAUUGCUUUAUUCUGCACAUGCAUUUCUCAUUACAUCUAAUGACGACAUUUCCCAUAAUGCUGUGAUCUUCACAAGAAGUGUCCGAUUAAAAACGAUAACAAUAAUAUUCAAGUGCACCUUAGUAAAGAUCUUCUUUUUCUUUCGGCUGCUCCCGUUUGGGGUUGCCACAGCGGAUCAUCGUCUUCCAUAUCUUUCUGUCCUCUGCAUCUUGUUCCGUUACACCCAUCACCUGCAUGUCCUCUCUCACCACAUCCAUAAACCUUCGCUUAGGCCUUCCUCUUUUCCUCUUCCCUGGCAGCUUUAUCCUUAGCAUCCUUCUCCCAGUAUACCCAGCAUCUCUCCUCUGCACAUGUCCAAACCAACGCAAUCUCGCCUCUCUGACUUUGUCUCCCAACCGUCCAACUUGAGCUGACCCUCUAAUGUACUCAUUUCUAAUCCUGUCCAUCCUCGUCACACCCAAUGCAAAUCUUAGCAUCUUUAAAUAAUGCUGCUAAAAAAAAUUACAAUUAAAAUGUUCUUUUAGCAUUUGGUAUAUUGUGGUCACAUAUUCUUUUCAGGGGCGGCACGGUGGCGCAGUGGUAGCGCUGCUGCCUCGCAGUUAGGAGACCCGGGUUUGCUUCCCGGGUCCUCCCUGCGUGGAGUUUGCAUGUUCUCCCCGUGUCUGCGUGGGUUUCCUCCGGGCGCUCCGGUUUCCUCCCACAGUCCAAAGACAUGCAGGUUAGGUGGGUUGGCGAUUCUAAAUUGGCCCUAGUGUGUGCUUGGUGUUUGUGUGUGUCCUGCGGUGGGUUGGCACCCUGUCUGGGAUUGUUUCCUGCCUUGUGCCCUGUGUUGGCUGGGAUUGGCUCCAGCAGACCCCCGUGACCCUGUGUUCGGAUUCAGCGGGUUGGACAAUGGAUGGAUGGAUAUUCUUUUCAGAUGACUUUAUUCAUAAGUCUUAUACAUUUUAAAGAUCAAAUUAUGUGCUUUCUUGAAUUUUUUGGCAACGUCUUUCAAUAAAUUUGGCCUGAAAACUCAAAUGAAAAUACAAAAAGAUCCAAUAUUUCGAAACUUUGCAAAAUGCUGUAAAUGUUGUGCUUCAUCUUGAAAACUGCAGUGGGAAUGAAAAUUGUCCACGCAAAAGUAUGGCAUCUGGCGUCUUGUUUUUCUUUUUUAGCAACAGUUCAAAGACGUACAAUUCAGUUGAGUUAUGACCCCAAAUUGGCUGAGUUCAGACUGGGUGAGGGUGGCUUGGGGUGGUGGUGUUCCUGUGACAAAGUGGUCUUCAGGGUUGGUUCCAACAUUGUACCCAUUGCUGUCGGUCUAGAUGCCUCAAAGCCCUUGUGCUGAUGGAAUGGAUUCCUAGUCAGUGUUCAUGACUAAGUGUUAGGUAUUUGUUACCUCCUUUGUUGAGAUGUAUUCUAUGCAACAGAUAACGGUAAGUAUGCGGUAGUUGAAACUCUGCAGCUAGGCAGCUACUUUGAAAAGUAAAUUAUGACCAGGGUGUCUUUGGGACACAGUAAUUUGCACUGCUGCUUCAUGGGGUCCAGUAUAUCCUGCGUUGAACUCUCACAUGCGGUCGUUGUCUGAAUUAGUCUUUGUUUGGGUACGCCAUCGAUUCUAAAUUGUUCCCGGGUGAGUGUGGGCGAUUGCGUUAGUGGGUCGUGUGAUGGACUGGUGCCAUGUAAAGCACCAACUCUCUCCUCAUGCUCCAUACUGCCAGAUUAAACUUUGGCACCUCAGGAACCUGAGGAGAAUAAAGUGAAUUUGAUCAUCUCAUGUUAAUUAUGUACAGUAAGAGUGUAAAUGCUUCUUAAUUUAAAAUCUGAUGCAUUAACCUUUUCAGUUUGAGUGGGAUGUGGAAGUAAACAAAUACAGUAUAUUGUCUUUACAUGCAAUAGCAGUCAGUAGCAAAGCACAUUUUUAAUGAUCCAAAAAAAAUGAAAUUAGGCACACAGUAUUUACUUUUCUCAGUCAAGCAGCACAAACACAUGGCUUUAAAUUAGCUAAACACUUCAAACUCUGUAUUGUAUACUUUCAUAGUGUUCACAAUGUGUGUUUCAUGAAUGUAUAUCUACUUCUACUUCUUUCGGCUGAUCCUGUUAGGGGUUGCCACAGCGGAUCAUCUUCUUCCAUAUCGUCUUGUCUUCUGACAAUUUCUGCCAGCACUAUGUUGGCUAACAGUACUGGCGGCUGUCGUUGUUAACCCGGGGCUCGACCGAUCCGGUAAGGAAAUUUGUAUCGUUGUCCGCAUAUUGAUUUGGCAAAAUUUUACACCGGAUGCCCUUCCUGACGAAACCCUCCCCAUUUAUCCGGGCUUGGGACCAGCACGAAGAAACACACUGGUUUGUGCAUCCCCUGUGGCUGGGUUGUUUCAUGAAUGUAUAUAUGCUCUGUAUUUUAUAUACAUGUUGUACUGUAUACGGCAUCAGAAAGAGCAGCCAGUUGUGCAAAUCUUCUGUUUUUACCAUCAACAACUGCAUUAACAACACUUUUUAGAGGGGACGUGAGUGCCGCUCAACUGUUACCUGUGAAUGGACAAAUGAACGUCUGUCAAAACAGCUUGGUUAAGAAAUGCUGGAUUUUAUCACAGGACAUUUUUUAAGAGGUACUGUACAAAUUGGUGACUCGUUGUUUUGUUCACACACGUGUUUGGAUGCAUUUCGUUACGUUUAUUAUGUCUGGAUUCAUUUUACAAAACUUCCUUAUGACAAAAGCAAGUCACUUGUGCACUGCAAGACUGUUAGCCUCUCUGUUCAUGUGAAUGUGUAUAGGAAGUAAAACACAAGCACACCUUAGAUGUAUUUCAGUUUCAAUUUUAUUAGCUUAUUCCAACUAUGUCACUGUAAGUAAUGUAUUAUUAUGUAAAUACUAAUUUCACCAUUUGAUUUGGAAUAAAGCUUCCCAGUGUAAGGCUUUGUGAUAUAAGUCAGUGUUGAUUGCCUUUAAACCUGAUCUUUUCAAAUAUAUUCAAAUGUACUCAUUCACCAUUUCCGUU